AUGCAGGACGACGGCUUUGAGGCUCUUCUGGAGCCUUUCUACAACGGGAAGAAGCUCACCGACCCUAUCUCGACAAAGGAAGACAAAUUCCAACUGUUGCCUGCCUUUCUCAAGGUCAAGGGUCUCGUCAAGCAACAUAUCGAUUCGUACAACUUCUUUGUCGAAAAUGAGAUCAAGGAGAUUGUCCGCGCCAACCGCAUCAUCCGGAGUGAUGUCAAUAGCUCCUUCUGGCUCGAGUUCACUGAUAUCAGAGUCGAACGACCCAGUCGGGUUGACUUCAACGAUAUCAGAGCUCAAAAUGAGGUCAGCCCAAUGGAGUGUCGCCUGCGCGACAUGACCUACGCCGCGCCCAUCAUGGUCGACAUCGCCUACAUCCGCGACAAGUCCAAGAUUGUGCGCAAGAAUGUCCCGCUUGGCCGCCUGCCCGUCAUGUUGAAGAGCUCCAUCUGCAGACUCGGCGGUGCCAACAACGCGGAGAUGUCGCGUAUGAAUGAGUGUCCCUUGGACCCCGGCGGGUACUUCAUCAUCAACGGCACGGAAAAGGUCAUUCUCAUCCAGGAGCAGCUCAGCAAGAACCGUGUCAUUGUCGAAGCCGACGAGAAGAACAGCGUCAUCACGGCCUCCGUCACCAGUUCCACCCAUGAGCGCAAGUCCAAGACGUACGUGACGCUCAAGAAGGACCGGAUUCUUUUGACGGCCAAUAUCUUGGUCGAAGGCAUCCCCAUCGUCAUCAUCCUGAAGGCCCUGGGCGGUCUGACAGAUUACGAAAUCAUGCAACUCGUUGCUGGCGACAACGGGAAAUACCAGGACGAGUUUCUUGUCCAGUUCGAGGAAGCAACCAAGGUCGGCGUCUACACUCAGCAGCAGGCAUUGGAAUACAUCGGCGCGAGAGUCAAGAUGGGCAAGAGUAGAGUCCCUUUUGCUGCACAGGUCCGACGCAACCACGUCGAGGAGGCCUUGGACGCCUUGGCAAACCUCAUCAUCGCUCACGUCCCUAUUGAGGGUCUGGACUUUUACCCCAAGGCAGUCUACGUUGCGUUCAUGACACGACGCGUUCUCAUGGCGCAACAAGACCCUAGCCUGGUCGACGACCGUGAUUUCGUCGGAAACAAGCGUCUCGAGUUGGCCGGUCAGCUUCUCUCCCUGCUUUUUGAGGAUUUGUUCAAACAAUUCUGCGGCAACGUCAAGAGCAGCAUCGACAAGGUCCUCAAGAAGGAUAACCGAGCCGUUCCCCUCGAUGCCGUCAAUAUGAUCAGUAACCACGCCAACAUGAUCGGACAGGGCAUUAACCGAGCCAUCCAGACGGGCAACUGGACCGUCAAGCGUUUCAAUAUGAACCGAGCCGGUGUCACGCACGUCCUGAGUCGCCUCAGCUACAUCAGCGCCCUCGGUAUGAUGACGCGAAUCAGUUCCCAGUUCGAAAAAACGCGCAAAGUCAGUGGUCCUCGUGCGCUUCAACCAUCGCAAUGGGGUAUGCUGUGUACUUCAGAUACGCCCGAAGGUGAAGCCUGCGGUUUGGUCAAGAACUUAGCGCUCAUGACACAUAUCACAACCAACGUCGAGGAAGCACCCGUCAAGAGAUGGGUCUUCACCCUGGACGCUGGCGUCGAACCCAUCCGAAAUUUCUCGGGCGGCGAGAUGCACCGCGAGACCUCAUACGUCAUUCAUAUCAACGGAACACCUUUUGCACUGACCCGAUACCCAAAGCGAUUCGCCGGCAAGUUUAGAACGAUGCGAAGACGCGGCUGGAUCUCCCCUUUCGUCAGCAUCCACAUCAACAACCAUUUCAACGCCGUCCACAUCGCAACUGAUGAGGGGCGCAUUUGCCGACCUUACAUUAUUGUGAAAAACGGCAAACCCAAGCUCAAAGCUGAGCACCUGCGGCUUCUGCAGCUUGGCAAGGCCACUUUUGACGACUUUUUGACUCAUGGCAUCGUUGAGUACCUCGAUGUCAACGAAGAGAACGACACGCUUGUGGCUCUCUACGAGAAGGACGUCACCCCCCUCACUACCCACAUGGAGAUCGAGCCCUUCACCGUUCUUGGUGCAGUGGCCGGUCUCAUUCCUUUCCCUCACCACAACCAGUCGCCUCGAAACACCUACCAGUGUGCCAUGGGUAAGCAAGCCAUCGGCGCAAUCGCAUACAACCAGUUCAACCGCAUCGAUACCUUGCUGUACACGCUUGUUUACCCGCAGAGGCCAAUGGUCAUUUCCAAGACGAUCCAGCUCGUCAACUACGACAAACUGCCGGCCGGACAGAACGCGACGGUCAUUGUCAUGUCGUACUCCGGAUACGAUAUUGAGGACGCGCUGGUGCUGAACAAGGCAUCCUGCGAUCGCGGUUUCGGACGUUGCCAGGUAUUCCGCAAAUACACGGCCGAGUUGCAAAAGUACCCGAAUGGUCGGCGAGAGCGGAUCGGAGACCCCGUCAACGACGAAAACGGAAGAACAACCAAGCAUGAAGCGCUGGAUGAUGACGGUCUGGCCAUUGUGGGCUACAAGGUCAACUCGGGCGAGGUCAUGAUCAAGAAGGAGACGCCGCUGGAUACGGGAUCCACGGGCAUCGGCAUGGACCGCGGACCCAGCGAGUUCCGCGACUCUUCAAUCUCGUACAGGAUCGCGGACCCCGCAUACAUCGACAAGGUCAUGGUAUCCCACACGGAGAGGGAAACGAUGGUGGUCAAGGUUCAAACACGGCAGACAAGAAGACCCGAGCUCGGCGACAAGUUUUCAUCCCGUCACGGUCAGAAGGGUGUCGUCGGCAUCAUCGUCGACCAGGAAGAUCUGCCGUUCUCGGACACUGGUCUGGUCCCCGAUAUCAUCAUGAACCCUCACGGUUUCCCUUCUCGAAUGACUGUUGGCAAGCUGCUCGAGUGCUUGACCGGAAAGGCCUCGGUGUUGGAUGGACGGAAGGACUACGGUUUCGGCGACGCCUUCCGCUCUCAUCCUUUGGAGCAGAUGAGCGCUGCGCUGGUCGAUCACGGCUUUUCGUGGGAGGGCAAGGACUACUUCACUUCGGGCAUCACCGGAGAGCCGUUGGAGGCCUACAUUUUCAACGGGCCCAUCUACUACCAGCGGCUGAAGCACAUGGUCCAAGACAAGAUGCACUCUCGUUCCCGGGGUCCCAGGGCCAUCCUCACACGCCAACCGACGGAAGGUCGAUCCCGCGACGGUGGUCUCCGUCUGGGUGAGAUGGAGCGUGAUUGUUUGAUCGCGUACGGAGCGUCCCAGCUGCUUUUGGAGCGUCUCAUGAUCAGCUCCGACGGAACGCAAAUCGACAUUUGUCAGCAGUGCGGUUUGUUCGGUUACAAGGGCUACUGCCACACGUGCAAGAGCACCAGGGAGGUGACACAGAUGACGAUGCCGUACGCCGCCAAGCUUCUCGUGCAAGAACUCAUCAGCAUGAACGUCGGCGUGAGGCUGCAGCUUGAGGACGAGUUCCCCCAUCCGAGAUGA